AUGUCAUCCUCUGUUCACUUCAAGUUCAAGUCUCAAAAAGAGCCCUCAAGGGUGACUUUUGAUGGUACCGGUAUUUCUGUCUUUGAAUUGAAGCGAGAAAUUAUCAAUCAGAGUAGACUGGGCGACGGGACCGAUUUUGAGCUGUCUAUCUACAACGAAGACACUGGGGAAGAAUAUGACGAUGAUACUAGUGUCAUACCGCGCUCAACCUCUGUCAUAGCCCGAAGACUACCAGCAUCCCGGCCAGGAAAGGGCGGUGCUGCUCGAUAUGUGUCAGGGAAAAUGCCGGUCAAUGCGCGCAGCGCUCCCCGUAAUGAUCCGUCCGCAUUGAAUCGAGCGGCUGCGACUUCUAGCCAUCCAGUCAGCAACGGUGUGCUAGAACUCAAUAAUGCCCAGACAGAAGAGGAGAAAAUCAACGCCCUUUUUAAUUUGCAGGCCAAUCAGUGGAGGGAACAGCAGCAAGAAAUGGCAAAUGCUACUCCUGUUCAAUUUGGUCGUGGUAGAGGCAAACCAGUCAAUGUUCCAGACCAUCCUCCUCCUCCGGGAUAUCUUUGCUAUCGUUGUCGGGAAAAAGGUCACUGGAUUCAGGCCUGCCCUACAAACAACGAUCCGAAGUUCGACGGAAAAUAUAGGGUUAAACGAUCGACUGGAAUCCCUCGGUCUUUGCAAACGAAAGUUGAAAAGCCAGAGUCGCUCAUGCUCGAUGGUUCUGCCGAGGACUUGCGGAAUACAGGCGUUAUGGUUAAUGCCGAUGGCGAUUUUAUCAUCACAAAACCUGACAAUGCUGCCUGGGAACUGUAUCAGGAGAAAGUUAAAGCUAACGCAGCCGCCGCCGCGGAAGCAGCCGCCGCGGAGCAAAGCAAGGAGCUCCAAGCUCGAGGCCUAGAAUGCCCAAUCGACAAACGGAUGUUUCUAGAACCUACCGAAACACCGUGCUGUCAGAAGACCUAUUGCAAUGACUGUAUUACGAAUGCAUUGAUUGAAAGUGAUUUUGUAUGUCCUGGCUGUGGAACAGAAGGUGUUUUGCUUGAUAAUCUCACUGUCAAUGACGAAGCAGUCGCUCAAAUUAAAGCGUACGAAACUGAAAAGGCGGAUUCAAGGAAAGAGAAAGAGAAGCAUUCAACGUCUCAAGAAGACCAACCUGAUAACAAAGUUCCUGUUCCUGACAGGAAUUCUAUGGAAAGAAAAGAGGAGUCGCCGGCUAUAGCUAACUCUCGGAAACGACCUGCAGAAGACUCCCCCCCACAUGCAAUUUCUGAAGACCCAAAUUCUGGCUCUUCGGCAAAAAAACAGAAAUCAGAAGAUGGUAAUGAGGUAGCCUCUGACACAUCUCAGCCGCAAGCAAAGGACUCAUUGACUGGAUUUCAACCACUUCCUUUCGCUCAGCAAAUGCCUUUUGGGGCCAUGGGAUUUAUGCAGACCCCAGCUAUGCCGGGGAUGCCCUUCCCUGAUCCUAAUUUUGUUGGUGAUGGUAUGGGAUUCAUGAACCCCAUGGGAUUACCUUCUGGAAACGGCUUUCCGCCGAACUUGGACCCUACCUGGAAUCCGAUGAAUGCCAUGAAUUUCAGUGCGCUUCAAAAUGGAAUGUAUAAUAGCCAUGCUAAUGGGGUCGCUCCUAAUGGUUUCAAUGCGCCUGGUAUGUUUCCCGGCGCCGGGGAGCCGUCGAUGAACUUGUUUCCUAUGUCUCAAAUGCCUGGGAACAUGCAACCAAACUCUAGAUUUCCGCAAGGAGCGGGACCCGGUCAUUUUUCGAACCAGCAACGGACGACGUUCAGCUCGCCAUACGCUCGAGAAGAAGACUCUCCAUAUUUUCGACAGCCUGUGAACCCACAACGACAUCAAGCAAGACAUCGAAGGAUAAGGCCAAGUGAUUAUCGAGAGCUCUAA